AUGUCUGGGCUGAAUGAAAAUCCAUUUGCAGAUCCUUUUGCUGAUCCUAGCGUACAACAAGCUACUCAAUCAUCAUCAUCAACAAAAGUUAAUGAGGAAUAUAAUCCUUUUGAUAAAAAUGAUACUCCAAUAUCAUCAGGACAAGCUGUUGUUUCAUCAUCUUCAAAUACUACAGCAGAUGAUUUGUUUCGCCAACAGGAAGAACUUCGAAGAAAAGAACAGGAACUUCAGAGAAGGCAGCAAGAAUUUGAACGUAGACAGGCUCAAGCCGGUAAUGGUGGAGUACAAAAUAGACCACAUAACUGGCCACCUAUUCCAAGUGCCAUACCAUUGGAACCAUGUUUUUACCAAGAUAUAGAAGUUGAAAUUCCUGUACAAUUUCAAAAGGUUGUUUAUAUGGUAUAUCGUGUUUAUUUAAUUUAUGUUGCUGCGUCAGCGAUUAAUGUUCUUGCUUCUCUCUUCUAUUUCCUUUUUGGUGGUGGUGGUAUUGGAAUUUUCUUUUUAUCAAUGAUAGAGAUGGUUCUUUUUUCAUCAUGCUCAUAUUUAUUUUGGUUUAGACCAGUUUAUAAGGCUUUUAGAGAUGAUUCAAGUUUUAAUUUUAUGAUCUUUUUCUUUGUCCUUUUUUUCCAUGGAAUAUUUUGUCUCGUUCAAGCAUUGGGAUUAUCUUCUUAUGCUUGUGGAUGGUCUAAUGGAAUUACAGCUUUUCAUGAACAUCCUUUAAUUGGUUUAGUAAUGCUUCUUUCUGGAGUUUGUUAUACUAUUGCAUUUGUAGGAAUUGUUGUAUCAUUGUUCCAAGUCUAUGGUAUAUAUAAGGGAGCUGGAACUAAUUUUAGUUUUGAUAGAGCAAGAAGGGAAUUUGGUGAAUCUGUAAUGAGAGAUCGUGAUGUUUCAUCUUUUGCUAAUACGGCAGCUUCUGCAGCUGCAAGAACAGCUGUAAAUCAGGCGGUUUCUCAGGCAACACAAGGAAGAUACUAA